AUGGCAUUAUACAUUCUAUAUCCAGCCGUUGCUGCUCUGGCGCUCUUUGUUAUAGGCGUCAUCAUUAUCAUGCUGCGCUAUGGGCCGCGUCUAUGCGGGCUACGUCAUCAUGCUCUGCCUGACAACCAUGACUUGCGGGAGAAAACCUACGAGCAUGAGAUUAGUUAUGCCUGAUACUUUGCGCCAUUUUCAUAAUUGUCUUUUAAUAUAUUAAUGCAGCACAUUACCUUUUUUUAUCCGUCCACUUAAACUAACCAUAUUUUUAAGUUGCUAUUUUGACCAUUACUAACUAUUAGCGGCUGGAGUUGCACAGUUUUUUAUACAUGCAGUACAAAGUGCCUACUACUUUUAGUAAAUAAUAUUUGUCAAUCAGCUUUUAUAUCAUUCCAUAUCGAAAAACAAAUGUAAUGUGCCUUCAACAUUGAAUCUCAUUGAUAAAUGUUUGCCGUCCAAGUGUCUUUUAGUACAGUAAGAUCGCUCCGUUAAAAACAUAUACACUUUUCGUAAUUUAUGUAAACAGAAUGUUAAUUAAAUUUGUAUACUGAAUGUUCAUUUAUGAAUGAAAAUAAUUUAAAACUA